CGAACUCAGCUGUCAUCGAUAUUAUGUUGCUUCUUGCCGUUGUGGGUGAUACUUUCGUAUCGUUUCUUAUUUUAAACAAUGUGAAUAUAACGAAACAUGUUUGAUUCCCCAUUAUAAUAUUUCUUUCGAAUAGCUAACUGUUUUGUAGUGCAAUACGAAUAUUUUCUCCCGUAUCCUUAUGCGAUAUAUUUUAAUAUGUGGAUCUGCGUAUCAAAUAUGUAAUUUAUCGACUAUCAGUGAAUUCUACACAUUUUCCAUGGCACCGUGAAGGUUGCUGUUAUAACGAGUGCUUGGUGUGUUUGCAGUGUCCUACGUUAUGGAAGGCAUCACAAGGUCAUGCAUGCAGCCAGGCCCUAACCUGCACAAUUUUUUAUUUUUAUUUUUUACAAAUCACCUUAGAGCAAUUGUGCUUCUACUAGGUGCAGACUCUUCCUUCGUCUAGUCCUCAUUCUUCCCCACUGCCUCCAACAGCCUAGAGUUCCCUAUGUUAACUCUGUUGAGCAUGUUUUACUAUAUUUGUCUGCGGCGACGCUCCAGGAGUGGGACUCGUGGUGAGGCUCUGACCAGUCGACGAGCAGUGGAGUCUGGCCAACGGGCGAUAUUGCCUGUCAGUGUGGAGGUGGAGCAGUACACCAAGGAGGUUUUGGACUUCAGCUCUCAUUACGGCAGUGAGAAUAGCAUGUCCUACACUAUGUGGAACCUGGCCGGUGUGCCUAAUGUCUACCCCAGCUCUGGGGACUUUACACAGACUGCGGUGUUCAGAACUUAUGGAACUUGGUGGGAACAAUGUGCCAGCGCUCCACCACGUUUCCGACGCAUCCCCAAAGGUUUCUACAGCCAGGAUUAUAUUGAGCUGGGCUUUGAAGAGCCUGUUUACCCUACGGCUGUUGAGGUUCUUGAGACUUAUUACCCUGGGGCUAUUGUCCAGAUUCUGGCCUGCUCACAUAACCCCUUUUCCCAAAAUCAACCUACGGAUGUCAGGUGGGAGGUGUUGUGGGCGGGGGAGCCCACCAAGGUGCUGGCACCCCAGGCUCGCCAGUUUUCACCUACAAUCAAGCACAUCAGUUUCCCCACCAACCUGCUUCGCCUGGAGGUCAACAGCUCUCUUCUGGAUUACUAUACUGAGCUGGAUGCCGUAAUCCUACGUGGCGUGAAAGAAAGGCCUAUGCUCGCGCUCUACAAAAUGCCUGUCAUCGACAUGAUUGACCUGAGUGACAGUGAGGAGGAUCUUUCUGAUCUGGGAGGUCCAUUCAGACAGGGUCCGGAUUGCAGGACAGGCAACGGCUACUUUGACAAACUACCCUAUGAGCUCAUUCAACUGAUACUCAGCCACCUGACCUUGCCAGACCUGUGCCGUCUGGCCCAAAGUUGUAAGAUGCUGCACCAGCACUGUUGUGACCCGCUGCAGUACACCCAGCUGAGUUUGCAGCCCUACUGGGCCAGGCUGAGUGACACCUCCUUGGGAUACCUGCAGAGCCGCUGCACACGCCUCCAGAGGCUCAACCUUUCUUGGACUGGCAACCGCGGCGCUCUCACCCUUAAUAGCUUCAGCAGUUUCAUGAAGGUCUGUGGGCUCAGUCUGGUGCGUCUGGAACUGUCUUGCUGCCACUUCCUGAAUGAGGCCUGUUUGGAGGUUCUUGCCCAGACUUGUCCAGGGCUGCAAGAGCUAAACCUGGCCUCCUGUGACCGGCUUCACCCACAGGCCUUCACACACAUUUCUAAACUUACACGCCUCCGCAGACUGGUGCUUUAUCGUACCAAGAUUGAGCAAACAGCUAUUCUUAGCAUCCUGACUUUCUGCAUCGAGUUGAAACACCUGAACCUCGGGAGCUGUAUCAGGAUUGAAGACUAUGAUGUUGUGGCCAGUAUGCUGGCUGCUCGCUGCCACUCACUUUGUUCCUUGGACCUGUGGCGCUGCAGAAACCUGACAGAUCGUGGCCUAAAUGAGCUUGUCUCUGGCUGCAGAAUGUUAGAGGAACUGGACUUGGGCUGGAGUCCCACACUGCAGAGCAGCACUGGAUGUUUCCAGCACCUUGCCCGCAGCUUACCACGUUUACGCAAACUCUUCCUCACCGCCAAUCGUACAGUCCGUGACUCGGACGUCGAGGAGUUGGCCUCCUGCUGCCCAUUGCUACAACAUCUAGACAUACUGGGUACACGGCUUGUGAGUGCUGCCUCAUUGAAGAAACUCCUCCAGUCGUGUCCACAGCUGCGUCUCCUGGAUGUUUCCUUCUGCUCCCAGAUAGACACAAGGCUAGCCCAAGAGCUAACCAGCCUCUUUCCCAGUGUAGCAAUCAAGAGAAGUUUCACACAUUGACCGCAGCGUAGUCUCAUUUCUCAUUGUAUUGAGGAUGCCGGAGGAGGCAAAGUGAUGCACUGCAGAAGAUGGAGAGAUGCUUCAGUAUCACAAAAUCUUCUAUUAGCGGUCACUAAAUAAGGCAGUCCAACUGGGGCUGACGGUCUUUGGAUUGGUAUGGAACAGAAACAACCACAAACUCCUCUCCAGAGGGCUAUAAAAUGUGAAACUCAAUUAUCUUUGGACACAGUGAAGCAACUGCAUUUCUUGAUUGUAGAACACCACUUGUGAAAAGGCCAACAACAAAUGGCUAUAUGCCUUUGAGUUAGAAAAUGAUGGUCACUCGAACAUCACUCGAGACAAAUAAGAAAAAAAAAUCUUUGUUACAAAAUGCUUUGAAGCAGCAGCAGAACUUCAUGGUGACCUCCAGCUUGUUCUAUGAAGAAUGAUCAGGGCUAUGGUCAGUGCCUUCUCAAAUUGACCAUUAUUAUCUUGUGCAAACAUCGUUGACACCUCAGUUCUGAUGGUACCAUCUAGCCACUUUGUUUUAGUUAUCAGGAAUCAUGUAUGCUAUUGCAGUGGAUAUAAAAAGACUCAGGGACGUCCAAAUUCCAGCUUUUGGUGAUGUGAAUAAAUGUGAUGUUCUCCACGUUUAAUGAGUCAUAUAACCUGUACAACUCAAUCGAAAAUCAAACUCAAAACCUUUAGGACAUAUAGUUGCACCUGGAAUCUAUCAGCGUAGCACAACUUGAUGUGGAAAUAUUUGCCCACUCUCCCAAAAAACACUCCAAACCCGUCAGAUUGCAAGGGCAUCUCAUACUCAGCCCUCUUCAGAUCACCCCUGCAGAUGUCCAAUCAGUUUAAGGUCUGGACACUUGCUGGGCCACUCCUGAAUCUUAAUCUCUCUCUAGUGAAGCCAUUCUUUAGUUGAUUUGGAUGUGUGGAAGAUCAAGUUCCUCUUCAUCUUUAGCUUCAUAACAUAAGAUGGAAAGUUUUGUGCUAAAACUGACCUCUCUUUGGAACUGUUCAUAAUUCCUGUCCAUAAUUCUUGACUAAAUCUCGAGUUCCAGAUGAAGAUAAACAGCCCAAAGAUUAUGUUGCUAACACCACACAGUCUUUGGUGAUGAGCAGUUUUUUUAUUUUUUAUUUAUUUUGCCAAACAUACCUUUUGCAAUUCUCGUCAACCAUCGAUUCACUGACCUAAAUGAGAAACCGUUUUCAAUUGCCUCACUGGGUUAAACAAGUACAUACGUUGUUUUUUUUUAAAAUAUGAAUUUGACCAAAUUUGGAGACAUCAGGUUUUGGCCGACGCCAGCAAUGAGAUUGCAUUAAUAAGUAAUCAAGAAUUAUUUUUGAUGUAUUACUUGUUUAGAGACCUUGUUUAAUCUAAAAUUGACCAAAUGUUUGUAAAUUCAGUCACUGAUCAGUAAGUACUUGUAUUUCUAUAGUCCUCCAUGAACACAGAUUGAAUAGCGCUGUGUUGAAUCAAAAUGAAAAUUUUCAAAAAUCUACUUUGACUUUGCAUAACAAUAAUCAACAAGUUUGAAUGUGAUUGAGCAAUUCUGAACAAAACCACAUGCCACAAAAGUGAAAGUAAACUUGUGCAACCACAUUAUUUUAGUAGUUAAUUUUCACUUCCCCUCUGUCAAAUAUUUUUGGUUUGAAUUGAGUUUAAAGGUUAGGUCACAUUAAUGGUGGAGGGAAUUUUGGAAUGAUAGAUCCUUUUAACAUCACAAAACAACACUUUUUAUAUCCAUUGUAUAUAUGUACUCAUCAAUUUUAAAUGUGAAUACUGUGGAAAGAAUGCCAUAUUUGAAAAAGGACUUCAUUCAGUUGAAAUGCAACGUCAGGCAUCAUUAUCCAGUAGUGUUGCUGUGAAUGUGGUCAUUUAAACGUUUCAGUUUAAAAAUACUGAAAAGUGGUACAAUGAUAUCCAAUCAACACCAACUCAAUUUAUAUUUUUCUUUUUUUUUUUCUUUCUUCAAAUCACAGACUUGCAUGAAGGAAAACAAUUCGGUUAUGUUAAGAAAUUUUACAUCUUCAUACAAUUUUAUUUUUAAUGAAACAAGUUUAACAAUUGUUAUCUGUUCCAAAUCUAAAUAUUUUUACCCACACACGUUAUUGUAGGUUUACUUAAGCUAGUCUCAUUUCCACCCACACAUGGAUAAUUGAUUUCUGGUCAGAAUAACUGAUCCAUUCACUUUGUUUGAGUUUCAUCACCAAAGACACCUUCGUUCAAACAACAUUAGUCAUGACAUGCUAAUUAAUAAAGUAACUAGGACAGCUAUUUCUCUUAAGAUUACGCACUUGUUGUCUUGUUGUACUUUGUUCUGAUCUGCCACUUACUGCUGUCUGACAUUUAGUUGCCUAGCUGCCAAAGAGAAGUUUGUCUUAACUAAAGACAUUUCUGUCAUACAGUUUUGACCACUAGUAGUUGUCAAUUUUGGGGGUUGAUGUUGUUUUUGUACCACGUUUGCUACCAAUCAGCACAGCAAAUAUAACUCAAGCAUACUACCAAUGACUAUAUUGAUAAAUUAGCUUUACUCAAAGCUGUGAUGUAUCAGGUUGCUUUUUUAUUUUUUUGAAAAUGGUGCGAUUCCAUUCCUAUUAACCCAAUGUGACAUAUUGAUUAUACUCAUAAUGUAUAUAAUUUCCAGCAACUCAACUUUGGGGGAUUGUUGUUCUACCUCAUAAGAACCACCCACAGCCACAUCAUAUGUAAUCUCACACAUUUUGUUGGCAACCUCUCAUUAUUUAGUUUGAGCACUGACUGAUUUAAAUGUGUUCAGUAUUUGAACCCAGUUUUUGUUCGUGUGAAAAUUGUACCGCUGUAGUGAUGACACUGGGGACUUUCCAAUAAUCAAGAGUCAAAUAAAAGCCACAUGGAUGACUGA